AUGAGCAGCGCUGGUGGUUUUUAUAAGUACCGAUGCAAGUACUUUUACACACACAACUGCCCCAACUGGGUUUGGGUGAACAAUGCGCCUUGCGCAUCAUGUCUUGCCGAUGGUCGCGAUAACGAAGAACCCCAUCUCCCAUCAUGGGGACUUCCCCGGGACAUCGUCGUGCCCCAAGUCCUCGACGGCAUCCUUCAGUACACCCUCAUGGAGCUUGUAGCUCCCUCAGAACCUGGCGACGACUGGACGCUCAGGGACAAGGCCAACCGACCACCGCCAUCGAUCCCCGUGACCAGCGCUAUGCCAGGCAUACCGGGAAUCAUGUCACAUCAUCAUCGCUUCUGA